ACGCUAGCUUCCGGUUUCUCUGGGCUCUCGAGGAGUCAGUGCUUGCCUUCCUCCCCGCCCUGCUCGAGCUUCAUUGGUAGCUCUCAGCUGCCCUUCCGUGUCCCGGAGGCGGAGUUGCCCACCGGACGGGACCGGGGAGUGAGCUAAGCAGACACCAUGACGACCAUGGAUGAUAAGCUGCUUGGGGAGAAGCUGCAGUACUACUACAGCAGCAGUGAGGAUGAAGACAGUGAGAGGGAAGACAAAAAUAAGGACACUGCACUGGGCGAUUCUGUUUCUGGAGAGACUGAGCUGGCCAGAGAUGGUAUCACAGUUAACACAGGUCCAAAAGGUGUCAUCAAUGACUGGCGCAGAUUUAAGCAACUGGAGACAGAGCAGAGAGAAGAGCAGUGUAGAGAAAUGGAAAGGCUCAUCAAGAAGUUGUCCAUGACUUGUAGAUCUCAUUUGGAUGAAGAGGAUGACAAGCAGAAACAGAAAGAACUUCAAGAUAAAAUCAAUGGGAAGAUGACUUUGAAGGAGUACGGCAUGGUGAAUGAGGAGCAGGACGAUGAAGAGUUUUUACAACAAUAUAGGAAGCAACGAAUGGAUGAGAUGAGGCAGCAGCUGCAUGGUGGGCACCACCAGUUCAGACAGGUCUUUGAGAUCACCAGUGGGGAAGCAUUUUUGGAUACAGUUGAUAAAGAACAGAAAAGCAUACUCAUCGUGAUUCACAUUUAUGAAGAUGACAUUCCUGGGGCGGAAGCAAUGAAUGGCUGCAUGAUCUGCCUUGCUGCUGAGUACAGCUCUGUCAAGUUCUGCAGAGUGAAGAGCUCCCUCAUUGGGGCCAGCUCCCGCUUCACCAGUAAUGCCCUUCCUGCGUUGCUGAUUUAUAAGGGAGGAGAAUUAAUUGGUAAUUUUGUCCGAGUCACUGACCAGCUUGGAGAAGAUUUCUUUGCUGUGGACUUGGAAGCAUUUUUACAAGAGUGUGGUUUGCUCCCUGAAAAAGAAAUGGUGCUGCUGACAUCAAUCCAUAACCCAGCUGCUGGUUUCAGUGAGGAUAGUGAUCUGGAAAUAGAUUGAAGUGGUAGAGGAAGGGACUAUUAGUGUAGGGGUGAAUAAGUACACGUAGGGGGCUCGUCUUCUGAGGCACAUGUCUAUGUGUUUAUUUUUGUUCCUUCCUGUGCACUUUGGCUUUUUGCCUAUUCUUUGUAAACUCCUUUAUUAUAUGUAAAAUUAAAGGUUCUUAACAUUUCUUAGAUUAAAUCAAUAAAAUGUUGAAUCACUGUGUGUCUCAUAGGAAAUUGUCUUCAAAAUUGUGUAAACAGGAGACAAUUUAUUUGCCCCAGAGUCUCUUACGUAAUAUCUUUGUUAUCAUUACCAAUCAGUAUUUACUUAGCAUCCACAUGGCAUUGUUCUGGAAACGGUCUUUAGAUGAUCCCAUUGGUCCCUUCCAGCUCUCAAACUCAAGGAUUCUAUAAUUAGAACUUGACUUUAUAAAUGUUGCAAUUACUUAAGCAGAUACUGUGCAUACUCUUGGUCAGCUGCUUAGCCCUGGAAUCCCAUUCUUUCCAAGUCCCCUUCCCCUGUCAGUCUGUUAUUAAAAUAUUCCAGAUGACAUAUGUGUGUAAAAUUCUGAUUAUAUUAAUGAGAAAAUGGCCUUUGCUCCUGGCAGUGACAUUCUUUUGUUGCAUUAAAUCUUGAAUUAGGUUCAGUUGGGGAUGGCAAUUGCCCUGCCCUAUAGCAGGGUCAGUCUGCUUAGAAAUUAGAUUUGAGACUGAAGUAAAAAUUUACCACAGAUCGAGCUAGUUGAAGCCAUUUUUGUGGUUGUGGCCCAUAUGUCACGGCUUCUUAAACUUUUUCCACUUGCAUCCCCUUCGGUGCUUCUUAAACCCCAUAUAGGGUCAUGACCCACAGUUUAAGAAGUGCUUGCUCCUUACAGUCUUGCUUCCUUAACUACCAUUUUUAUGGUUUUUUAAGUUUGUAAAAUGUCUUCCUUACAACAGCGCCAUAAGGAAAGUAGUACAAUAAUCAUGCAUAUUUUACAGAUGAGAAAACUGAGGCACUGAUAGAUGAAGUCUUUUGCCCUUAGUCUCAAAACAAUAAACACUUGUUGAACACUUA